AUCAUUUUCGUUUACAACAAAACGCAAAACAGAGCAGAUAAGAUAAACCCUCCUGCUUUAAUUCUAUCGCCGGCGAUUUCCGAUGUUCUCCGCCGUCGCCAAACCCUUCCUCUCUCCCUCACCACCGCUCUUUCGCCUUCCUCUCUCUUCUAUCUCAAUUUCCUUCCGCGUUUUCCCCUCAUUCUUCUCCUCCUCCUCCUCCUCCUCCUCUUCCUCUCUCCUUCCGUCUCCUCAAUCUUCUGAUCCAAUUAAGCCUCUCAUAUCCUCGAACCGUAACUAUAGUCGCCAUGCGUUUCUCCUCGACCAAUACCUCUCAUGUUCCAUGCCUGAGAAGCCUCUUCGUGUCGCCGUUCUCCUCAGUGGCGGCGUCGAUAGCAGUGUCGCUCUUCGUCUCCUCCACGCCGCUGGUCACUCCUGUACAGCUUUCUAUCUCAAAAUCUGGUUUCAGGAAGGCUUUGAGAAUUUCUGGAAUCAGUGUCCUUGGGAAGAUGAUUUGAAGUAUGCUAAGCAUGUUUGUGAGCAGGUUGAUGUUCCUUUGGAGGUUGUGCAUUUAACAGAUGAAUAUUGGGAAAGAGUUGUUUCCUACAUUAUUGAGGAGUAUCGUUGUGGACGCACACCUAAUCCUGAUGUUCUAUGUAAUACUAGAAUUAAGUUUGGUGCAUUCAUGGAUGCAAUCAGUGAUAUGGAGUAUGACUACGUAGCUUCAGGUCAUUAUGCUAAAGUGGUCCAUCCUCCUGCUGACCAAAAUGAUUCAUCAUCUGUUUUGGAACUAUCACAAGACAUGGUGAAGGAUCAGACCUACUUCCUCUCACAUCUCUCUCAAACCCAGCUUAAGCGGCUGCUUUUCCCACUUGGUUGUGUAAAAAAGGACGAAGUUCGCAAACUAGCCACACAAUUCGAUUUGCCAAAUAAAGAUAGAAAGGAUUCACAAGGAAUUUGUUUCCUGGGAAAGAUAAAGUUCAGCGACUUUGUCUGUACACACAUAGGGGAGAUGGAAGGAAUUAUAUUGGAAGCCGAAACUGGGGAUUUUCUUGGUAACCACCGGGGAUUUUGGUUUUACACAAUUGGACAACGCCAAGGAUUGCGUUUACCCGGUGGGCCCUGGUAUGUUGUUGAAAAGGACACCAAGAACAACGUAGUGUUUGUCUCCAGAAAUUACUACUCAAUCGACAAGAGAAGGCGUAUUUUCCGUGUUGGCUCCUUAAGAUGGCUUAGUGGGAAACCUUCUGACAAUGUUAGAGAGCUCCGUUGCAAGGUCCGACAUGGGCCUAGCUUCUACAGCUGCAGUUUUGAAAUGGAAGCAGACGGAGAUGUUGCAGUUGUGCACCUAGACGAAGACGAUCAAGGUCUAGCUGCUGGACAGUUUGCAGCGUUUUACGAGGGAACCACUUGCAUUGGUUCAGGCAUAAUUCUGGAGUCAUGGGACGAUCAGUGUUUCCCAGUCUGUGCAAAAGCCCUUCAACUUGCAGCGAUGGAAGAUAAAACCAAACUCGGGAAACCUGUCAAAAUCAAGACAAUGCCACUUACGUUAUCUGCCGAGGCUGAUUCAGGAGAAUCCAGUGCAGAAGAAAAGCUGGGAAAACAAAAAGAUAACAGUCAUUCUCUGUUGGUGUCUCUCUUCGACAUGACGAUCCUUGCGGCUCUUGUCUUUAUCCCUGUUGGUAUCCUCUUCUUGGUCUCAGGGCUCAUCGUCAACAGCAUUCAGCUUGUGUUCUUCAUCAUUGUUCGUCCAUUCUCAAGAAGUUUGUAUAGAAGAAUCAACAAAAAUGUUGCGGAAUUACUUUGGUUGCAGCUCAUAUGGUUGUCUGAUUGGUGGGCUUGUAUAAAGAUCAAUUUAUACGCUGAUGCAGAGACUCUAGAGUUAAUUGGGAAAGAACAUGCACUUGUCGUAAGCAAUCAUCGAAGUGACAUUGAUUGGCUUAUUGGAUGGGUCAUGGCUCAGCGUGCAGGUUGUCUUGGAAACUCUUUAGCCAUCAUGGCGAAAGAAGCCAAGUAUCUUCCAAUCAUAGGUUGGUCGAUGUGGUUUUCGGAUUACAUUUUCUUGGAAAGAAGUUGGGCUAAAGAUGAGAAUACCCUCAAGGCAGGUUUUAAACAACUUGAGGACUUUCCUAUGACAUUUUGGCUAGCUCUUUUCGUUGAAGGAACUCGUUUCACUCAGGAGAAGCUUGAAGCUGCUCAAGAUUACGCCGCUAUCAGAAGCUUACCGUCCCCUCGAAAUGUUUUGAUUCCUCGUACAAAGGGGUUUGUUUCGGCGGUGUCUCAAAUACGGUCAUUUGUUCCUGCUAUUUAUGACUGUACCUUUACCGUUCAUAACAAUCAGCCUACACCAACUCUGCUUAGGAUGUUCAGUCGACAAUCAUCUGAGGUAAAUUUGCAGAUGAGACGUCACAAAAUGAGCGAGUUGCCAGAAACCGAUGAUGGCAUUGCACAAUGGUGCCGAGAUCUAUUUAUCACCAAGGAUGCUCAACUUGAGAAAUACUUUACAAAAAACGUGUUUAGCGACUUGGACGUUCACCAAAUCAACCGGCCAAUCAAACCAUUGAUCGUGGUCAUCAUUUGGUUGUGUCUUCUUAUAUACGGUGGUUUUAAGCUAUUCCAAUGGCUUUCCAUAGUGGCCUCGUGGAAGAACAUUCUUUUGUUUGUGUUCUUCUUGGUGAUUGCAACUAUAACAAUGCAAGUACUUAUUCAAACGUCUGAGUCACAACGUUCCACUCCUGCCAAGAGACCUUUACAAGAACAGCUUAUCUCUACCUAGUAUCAUUGUCAAGGAGGACCUUCUCACCGGAUUUGGUCGACGGCAGGAAAGUUUCUUGGACCGUUUCUUGCGUCUUAUCUAAUGAGUUUGUCGAGGACGCAUGACAUUGUCUUCUUCUGUGCAGAAUUCAUAUAUGACCUUAAGGGUCUUUGGCGCCAAAGCUGCUCUGUCUUGGAGGUAAUCUCAGCUCAGCCAUCCUCCCUUGUGGAGAGAAUCGUUUCAAAGCGUAAUUCUGGAGUCAUGCAUGGGACAAUCCGUGUUUCCCGGUCUUUGCAGCGUUGGAAGAUAAAACCAAACUCGGGAAAACCCGUCAAUAUCAUGACAAUGCCUAUUACGUUAUCUGUUGAGGCUGAUUCAGGAGAAUCCAACAUGAAGAUCCCUGCGGCUCUUGUCUUUAUCCCUGUUGGUGUCCUCUUCUUGAUCUCAGGGCUCAUCGUCAACAUCAUUCAGCUUGUGUUCUUCAUCAUUGUUCGUCCAUUCUCAAGAAGUUUGUAUAGAAGAAUCAACAAAAAUGUUGCGGAAUUACUUUGGUUGCAGCUCAUAUGGUUGUUUGAUUGGUGGGCUUGUAUAAAGAUCAAUUUAUAUGCUGAUGCAGAGACUCUAGAGUUAAUUGGGAAAGAACAUGCACUUGUCUUGAGCAAUCAUCGAAGUGACAUUGAUUGGCUUAUUGGAUGGGUCAUGGCUCAGCGUGCAGGUUGUCUUGGAAGCUCUCUAGCCAUCAUGAAGAAAGAAGCCAAGUAUCUUCCAAUCAUAGGUUGGUCGAUGUGGUUUUCGGAUUACAUUUUCUUGGAAAGAAGUUGGGCUAAAGAUGAGAAUACCCUCAAGGCAGGUUUUAAACGACUUGAGGACUUUCCUAUGACAUUCUGGUUAGCUCUUUUCGUUGAAGGAACUCGUUUCACUCAGGAGAAGCUUGAAGCUGCUCAAGAUUACGCCUCUACCAGAAGUUUACCGUCACCUCGAAAUGUUUUGAUUCCUCGUACAAAGGGUUUUGUUUCGGCGGUGUCUGAAAUACGGUCAUUUGUUCCUGCAAUUUAUGACUGUACCUUAACCGUUCAUAACAAUCACUCUACACCAACUCUACUUAGGAUGUUCAGUGGACAAUCAUCUGAGGUAAAUUUGCAGAUGAGACGUCACAAAAUGAGCGAGUUGCCAGAAACCGAUGAUGGCAUUGCUCAAUGGUGCCAAGAUCUAUUUAUCACCAAGGAUGCUCAACUUGAGAAAUACUUCACAAAAGAUGUUUUCAGCGACUUGGAAGUUCAGCAAAUUAACCGGCCAAUCAAACCAUUGAUAGUGGUCCUCAUUUGGUUAUGUUUCCUUAUGUACGGUGGUUUCAAGCUACUCCAAUGGCUUUCAAUAGUGGCCUCGUGGAAGAUUAUUCUUCUCUUUGUGUUCUUCUUGGUGAUUGCAACUAUAACAAUGCAAAUACUAAUUCAAUCGUCUGAGUCACAGCGUUCAACUCCAGCCAAGAGACCUCUACAAGAACAGCUUAUUUCUGCUUAGGACAAAAGAAACCUCUGUUUAAGCCACAUAUUUUACAUUGCAUUGUUCCUUCACUCAACCAUUUAAACAAUUGUUUUUGUUUUUGUAAUGUGUAAUGUUUAAUGUUUAUCUAGUUUAAUCAUUUAGUCUUGUUGUCUACUCAACAACCACAUUUCAUUGUCAAAUCUAUGUUUAAUUUUAUGUUUCCAAACUGUUAUUAUUUCAAAUAACCAUCAAAUUUAAUC